AGAAAAAUCCCAAUUUGGAAAGUGGCUUUUUGGGGAAUCUGCAUAGUUUCGAGCACUGACUUUUCCUACCCGACAGGCCAAUUGGUCGCCUUUAACCCAGGCGGGGCCUUUUGCCACUUUUCGCCGCCGUGACAAUAGUUGUGACUGGUUACGGAAAAGCUAUGCAAAGUUCCAUCUCUAGCUCUCUGCCAUAGUCAAAACAUUAAAGUCGCAUUUUUACAAAGUUGAAAAAUGUUGAAUUAAGUAUUUACUUAGCAGUAGAGCAACGUGAAAAGAACGGCCAGAGGUUGGUAGUGCGAGUCUCACCCAUAUCCACCUGCAGUUCCAGUUCAGCUCCUAGACCAGCUCCAGUUCCGCACCAGCAAACCCCGCACACACAUCCAAGUCCCAAGCAGCCACCGAAAUGGAUCGCAAGGCUGAGCUGGAACGCAAGAAGGCCAAGCUGGCCGCUUUGCGCGAGGAGAAGGAUCGAAGGCGGCGCGAGAAGGAGAUCAAGGACAUGGAGGAAGCGGCCGGCCGAAUUGGCGGCGGUGCUGGCAUUGAUAAAGAUCAGCGCAAGGAUCUCGACGAAAUGCUGUCCUCGCUGGGCGUGGCCCCCGUAUCCGAGGUGCUCUCCUCCCUGUCCUCCGUCAACUCGAUGACGUCGGACAACUCCAACACACAGACCCCCGAUGCCAGCUUGCAGGCCACCGUCAAUGGGCAAAGCGGCCUCAAGAAACAGCCCCUCAACCUGAGCGUCUACAAUGUCCAGGCAACGAACAUUCCACCAAAGGAGACGCUGGUCUAUACGAAACAGACACAGACGACCAGUACCGGCGGACACGAACGUGAUGUUCUUUCUUGCCACUCCUCGCCUCUGUCAGGAUAUAUGGAGGACUGGUGGCGUCCACGUAAAGCUCAUGCUACGGAUUAUUAUGAUGAAUACAAUCUUAAUCCGGGUUUAGAGUGGGAGGAUGAAUUCACAGGAGAUGACGAAGAGAGCUCGCUGCCGCAUCUGGACAAUGGAUUCACUUCCAAGCUGCCCCCGGGUUAUCUCACCCACGGCCUGCCCACCGUCAAGGACGUGGCCCCGGCCAUUACGCCGCUCGAGAUCAAGAAAGAGACUGAGGCGAAGAAAGAGGUCAACGAGCUGUCCGAGGAGCAGAAGCAGAUGAUCAUCCUAUCGGAGGACUUCCAGCGGUUUGUGGUGCGCGCCGGCCGCGUUAUCGAGCGAGCCCUCUCGGAGAACGUGGACAUCUACACGGACUACAUUGGCGGCGGCGACAGCGAGGAAUCCAGUGACGAGCGAUCGCAUGCACGGCUCUCACUGAAUCGAGUUUUCUACGAGGAACGCUGGUCGAAGAACCGCUGCAUCACCAGCAUGGAUUGGUCCACGCACUUCCCGGAGCUAGUGGUGGCCUCGUAUCACAACAACGAGGAGAGCCCCAACGAGCCCGAUGGCGUCGUAAUGGUCUGGAAUACAAAGUUUAAGAAGACCACGCCCGAGGACAUCUUUCACUGUCAGAGCGCGGUGAUGUCCACCUGCUUUGCCAAGUUCAAUCCCAACCUGAUCCUCGGCGGCACCUACUCGGGCCAGAUUGUGCUGUGGGACAACCGUAUCCAGAAGCGCACUCCCAUUCAGCGCACGCCGCUAAGUGCUGCUGCCCACACGCAUCCCGUUUACUGCCUCCAAAUGGUGGGCACCCAGAAUGCGCACAAUGUCAUCUCCAUAUCCUCGGACGGCAAGCUGUGCUCCUGGUCUUUAGACAUGUUGUCACAGCCGCAGGACACGCUCGAGCUGCAGCAGCGACAGUCGAAGGCCAUCGCCAUUACAUCCAUGGCCUUCCCGGCCAACGAGAUUAACUCGUUGGUGAUGGGCAGCGAGGACGGUUACGUCUACUCUGCCUCGCGCCAUGGCCUUCGCUCCGGUGUCAACGAGGUGUACGAACGGCAUCUGGGCCCCAUCACUGGCAUUUCCACACACUACAACCAACUCUCGCCGGACUUUGGCCACCUUUUCCUCACCUCGUCGAUCGACUGGACCAUCAAGCUUUGGUCGCUUAAGGACACAAAGCCGCUGUACUCGUUCGAAGAUAACUCGGACUAUGUGAUGGACGUGGCCUGGUCGCCAGUUCAUCCGGCUCUCUUUGCCGCCGUCGACGGCAGUGGCCGUUUGGAUCUGUGGAACCUCAACCAGGACACCGAGGUGCCAACAGCCUCUAUCGUUGUGGCGGGAGCACCGGCGCUAAAUCGCGUCUCCUGGACGCCCUCCGGCCUGCAUGUAUGCAUCGGCGACGAGGCCGGCAAGCUGUACGUGUACGAUGUGGCCGAGAAUCUGGCACAGCCGUCGCGGGACGAGUGGUCGCGGUUCAACUCGCAUCUCAACGAGAUCAAGCUCAACCAGAGCGACGAAGUCUAGGGCGAUAGUAGUAGUAGUAGUAGUAGUCGAUUCCGCGAGGGUGAAGAGUCCUUGAUUGAAAUUUAAUUUGUAUUCUCUUUUUUUGUGAUCCCUACUGCUCCUUAACGCUGUGUAUAGACCAGACAAAACCCACGCUCAUCCGCAGUCCAAAUGCUCAGCAUGCUCGUUGGAUCACCUCCCACUCGUCACUCCGCCUCCCUCAGUCCGUCAAGUAACUCAAGUAAAUGUAUUAGAAAGUUCAUCCAAUGAAACGGAAUUUAGAUAUUUAUUACGAGACAGAGAAUUAUAAAGAGCGGCGCUAACAAUUGGUAUUUUUAUUUAGCUUGAUAUUUAUUUAAUUGUUCCGUUCUUUUAAUCAAAUUUUGCAAUCUGCAAAUUGGUUUCUUCUCUUUUUAUUUAAUUUUUGCAACUAGAAAGAAUGAAGAAAGACCGUUUGCAGACAUACAGCGGAGCACAUAAAAUAAAUUAACUACAUAUUAUAUACAUAUAUACAACAAUAAAUUAAGCUUGAACCUGAGAAGAAGAAAGACAGAGAUAAGAAAAGGGGGCUAGGAGGAAGUAGAGAACAGAAGAGCGACGGAAAGAAAGCCACUUAACUGAAAGAGCCCAAAAAUGUAAAUGUAUUAGAGCGAAGCCUAUUUAACGAGAUUAAAUAAAGAUAAUAUCUAUAUA